AUGCCGCAGGUCAUUGUAGAGUGCUUAGUUUUCUACUCUGGGCAGUGUGGCUUACAGGUGCAGAAGCAUCAAGAAGAAAGGUCAACCCAGACAUGUUUUGCCGGCUUUGGCGGUAGGUGGCUGCACUGCAACUUGGGGCCAGGGGCCUGCCUCUUGUGCCAACGUCCACGGUGCCAUGAAUCACUCUGCUCUGCGGGUGUGGGUUGGCGGCGUCAGUCUUGGCAGUUGGCUCCGGCAGUGGCCACGUCCCUGGCAGCUGGGGCGAGGACCUGGCCACAUCAGCACUGGUACAGACGCAGAGCAGGUGCUACUCCGCACGCACGCUGCCACAGGUCUGCCCUAGUGGUCCCGUGUUGUCCUAACCACCGAGGUCCUGCUGGGCGUGGUCUACACCCCCCUCCCCCGCCCCUACUACCGCACGCUUACUGGCACUACGUCCUGGCCAAGGUGGAAAAUUUGCAGCCAGAGAUAAAAAGCAUUGCAAGGCAUCUUAACCAAGAAGGUGCAGUUAGUGCAGAUCAGUUGAGGUGGUCCAAAAGAGUUGCCAGGCCAACUUACCUAAAGAAUACGGGGAGGCUGGUUUCAGAGCUGUAUGUUCGGGAUAACUGCCACCCUCUCAAAGCCACUGUGUUGGUCUGGAUUCGGUUUCCAAUGUGGAUCUUCAUGUCUGUUGCUCUUUGGAAUUUUAGCACAGGGGCAACACAUUCAGAUGUAGGUUUUUCUAUUCAGGAACAGUUACCUACUAGUGGGGUCCUGUGGUUUCCUGACCUCACUGCACUGGAUUCCUCUUGGAUUCUGCUUAUCUCUGUUGGUGUCAUCAGUUUAUUAAUAAUGGAGAUUUUUGCUCUGCAAAAAAUUGAAAUGACUCAUUUUCAGAUGUAUAUUACGUGCUUUGUUCGUGUGGUAUCAGUGUUGAUGAUUCCAAUUGCUGCAACACUACCUUCAUCAAUUGUCGUCUACUGCUUAUGUUCCAGAUUCAUGGGCCUUUCACAGAAUUUGUUGUUGCAUUCUCCUGGUUUUUGCCAACUUUGCCAAAUACCGUUGACCAAGUCAGAUUCAGACACGCCUUGUAAGGACCUCUUUGCCGCCUUUUAUGCUAAGUUUAUUUCAAGAGAAUGACAUGCUUUCCAGGAAUUUUGGAACAAUUCCAAGUGUCACUAUCUAAUAUUUAGGUUUAGAAAUUCAGAUGUGAUUUAAUUUGUCUUUAUUUAAAAUCAUGAAUUGUGGGGGCGCCUGGGUGGCUCAGUCGGUUAAGCGUCUGACUUCGGCUCCGGUCACGAUCUCGCGGUCCCUGAAUUCGAGCCCUGCGUCGGGCUCUGUGCUGACCGCUCAGAGCCUGGAGCCUCUUUCAGAUUCUGUGUCUCCCUCUCUCUCUGACCCUCCCCGUUCAUGCUCUGUCUCUCUCUGUCUCAAAAAUAAAUAAACGUUAAAAAACAAAAAAUAAAAAUAAAAAAAAUAAAAUCAUGAAUUGUGUGAAGUACUGUGGGUUAAAUUAUAAUCCAAAUAUAUUUGACAAAUCUUUUAAGUGCUAGAAAUGUAUGUUUAAUUGCAUCCUAAAAAUACAAAAGUGAAUCAAAGUGUCCAGUUCUGUUUAUAAAAUUAUAAUUUCCUAGAGGUGCCAGAACUUUGGAAAACAGGGUUAGAUGCUGAAUGAUGCCAGAUUAUACUGACCAAUCUCAUACUUUGAAGUUUUAUCAAGUAAGAGAAUCCAGUGAGGUGAUUCUUAAAAUUUUUGAGGUGUGGAGGAUCAUAGACCCAUUUGUACAUCUAUUAAAGCUCUAGUUUUCUUUUCAGAAAAAUCCUAGGACUCACAACAUGGGGGCCUUUUCUGAUGACUCCCUUCAUCCACCCUACGGCUUUCUGGUAAUUCCUGGUUGAGAAUUGUUAUUCUAAUAGAACACAUAUUCUAAUGGA